UUGUAAAGGUCGGUCAAAUGUACAAAUGUAGCUAACAUUUCAUGACAAAAAUAUCGAACACACGCCGUGAAGUCUUCAUAACAGAAGACAACGGUCGAAGUCUUGGUUCAAUUUUUCACGAGCUUACAUGAAAUGUGGAUCCAAAGACUUUUCAUAGCGGCCCUUUUGCCGGUGGCAGCCUUUAGUCAAUAUGCAGACGUGGGUACGCAGGCCCAUCAGUUGAGGCGACAAUCUAAUCCCGAUUUCGCUCUCACGUGUUAUCAUUGCGAGGUCAGCGUUCUCAACUUUAAGGACUGCAACAGCACUAAAGCCUGUGAACAGGGCAAUCAAUGCCUUUUGAGGGAGAUGAUGUCAACUGUGGAUGGCCACCAUGACUACCUUAUGGCAUGUGGUACAGCCUACGACUGUGACGGUGGAGAAAUGCCGUUUCCGGUUGGAAAACGUGACGUAAACCGACGUAAUAUUGCAGUCAGUUGUUGCUCUAACAACCUCUGUAAUACUCCUCCUCCCCCUACGACAGUCCAUACUGAUCCAGCAGCUUGUAUGCGAGACGUCGUGUUAAUCGUGCAAGACUCGCGCAACCUUACGUCAACAGCAAGGCGCGUUGCAUUGAAGGCAAUGCUACACGGCAUAGUGGACGCGGUGCACAUAGGUACCGACGGAGCGCUGCUGGAACUUAGCUUCAUAGAAGGCAAUAAGAUGAACCAUCAGUGGGAUCUCGACCAUUACGCAAACAAAAAAGCACUCCAAAGCGCCAUUUCCCGGAUGAAUCCGGACGGCCAUGGCGGCGUCGUAGACAUAAACGCUACGUUGACGUACAUCCGAGACGUGGCACUCACGUCAAGGAAUGGUGACCGCCCGAAUGUACCGAACGAUAUAAUCAUCAUGGUGGAAAGUCAGAUCCAUGUGAACGCCUCCAGCUUUCAAGGCUGGAACUGGACGGAACAAGAACUGCGCAAACUCAGUGGUGACGUCAUAGUGAUCGAAGUCGGCACCAAUGAAGGAAAUGACGCUCAUCAAAUCGCCAAUCUCGCAACAGACAGUAAUCACGUGAUAAAAGUUGCCGACUAUCUUGCACUACAGAACAUUAGCGCGAGGCUUGUGUCCUUGCUGUGUUCAUAAGCUAAGAAAUAAAACAGUUGUAUCAUG